ACAGUGACAUUUCAUUAUCGACUCGCUGCAAGUGACGUGUAAACUGUAUUCGUCGGCACCCUAUAAUUUCCUUCUCGGAAGCCCAAAAAAGCUCAAAAUGAGCUUCAAACGUGACAAAAAGGAGGAAGAAGACAGCGGCGGGAACCCCUACCAGAACUUGGACAAAACAAUAAUCCUACAAGAAGCGAGAUACUUCAAUCAAUCGCCUGUAAAUCCGCGAAAAUGCUCGCUUAUUUUGACGAAGAUUUUGUAUUUAUUGAACCAGGGAGAGAAGUUUACUACUCAAGAGGCUACAGAAGCCUUCUUUGCGACUACAAAACUGUUUCAAUCCAAAGAUGUGAUGCUCCGUCGAAUGGUUUACUUAUGCAUCAAAGAAUUGAGUACGCUAGCUCAGGAUGUGAUCAUCGUUACUUCUUCACUAACAAAAGACAUGACGGGGAAGGAAGAUUUGUACAGAGCGGCUGCUAUAAGGGCUCUAUGCAGUAUUACAGAUAGUACGAUGCUGCAAGCGAUAGAAAGAUACAUGAAACAGGCAAUUGUUGACAAGAAUCCCGCAGUGAGUUCUGCUGCCCUGGUAUCGGCGCUCCAUUUGUCAUCGACGGCGCCCGAGUUGGUCCGAAGAUGGGCGAAUGAAGCUCAGGAAGCAAUCAGCUCCGAUAACGCUAUGGUAUCCUACCACGCUCUAGGCGUCGUGGCUGGCUCCAGGAAGAACGACAAACUGUCCACCGUCAAACUGGUAACGCGUCUCGCUAGGGCUCCGCUAAAGUCGCCCUACGCUCUCUGUCUCCUAAUCCGCCUAGCCGCACAGCUGGUCGAAGAUGACGAUUCAGAUGCUGCCCAACCUUACAUAGAGUUUAUCGAGUGCUGUCUAAGACAUAAAUCAGAAAUGGUGAUCUACGAAGCAGCCCACGCGAUAGUCAAUCUUAGAAAGACCGCUAGAGAUUUGGCUCCCGCUGUGUCAGUCCUGCAAUUGUUCUGCGGGUCGUCGAAAGCGUCUUUAAGGUUAGCAGGAGCCAGGACUCUUGCUAGAUUGACCGCGAAACAUCCUACGGCUGUAGCUGCCUGCGCUGUUGAUCUUGAAAAUUUGAUAUCUGAUCCUAAUCGUUCUGUAGCUACAUUAGCAGUCACCACUUUGCUAGCGACAGGGGCCGAGAGUUCCGUAGACAGACUGAUGAAACAGAUAUCCAGUUUCGUAUCAGAGAUUUCUGACGAGUUUAAAAUUGUGGUCGUAAGAGCUAUUAGGAGAUUGUGCACGAAGUUCCCGCGGAAACAUCAGUCAUUAGCGGCGUUUUUGGCAGGAAUGUUACGCGACGAAGGAGGUUUAGAAUAUAAGGCUGCUAUCGCUGAUGCCAUUAUAGCUUUGGUUGAAGAGAAUCCGGAAGCCAAAGAGACUGGGUUAGCCCAUCUCUGCGAGUUUAUCGAAGAUUGUGAACACACGGCUUUGGCUGUUCGUAUCCUACAUUUACUUGGUCGUGAAGGGCCAAAAUCCCGUCAACCUUCAAGAUACAUAAGGUUUAUUUAUAACAGGGUGAUUUUAGAGUCUGGGCCUGUGAGGGCAGCCGCUGUGUCCGCGGUUGCACAAUUUGGAGCCCAAAGACCUGAAUUGCUGCCAAAUAUAAGAGUCUUACUUGCUCGCUGCCAAUUGGAUGAAGAAGACGAAGUAAGAGAUAGAGCUAUUUACUAUAGCGCGAUUUUAGACACGGGUGAUCAGCAAUUGAUUAAUGAUUACAUAGUUAACGUGCCGAAACCAAACCCAGUUCUUCUAGAAAAGGCUUUGCGAGACCACUUGGCUACUACACCAGAUGAUCCUUUCAACAUUUUAACAGUCCCCGCGGAAGAAGACCAGAAGGAAAAUAAAGAGGCCAUCGUCGAAAUUGAGGUCAGGAAACCGGUGCAAAUGUCUAUUGAAGAAAUUUACGCUGAACAACUGGCUAAAAUACCUGGCAUUGAAAGGCUGGGUCCUGUAUUCAAAACUAAUCUGCCUAUAGAUUUGACAGAGGCAGAAACUGAAUAUAGGGUGAGAUUACUUAAACAUGUUUAUGCCAGACAUGUUGUAUUACAAUUCGAGUGCGUUAACACCUUAAGUGAUCAAUUGUUGGAACAAGUCCAUGUUAGGCUUGAGGUACCACCAGAAUACGAAAUAAAGUCUAUAGUUCCGUGCCCAAAAUUGGUGUAUGACAAACCUGGUAGUGUCUUCGUGAUUGUCGAAUAUCCAUGCGCUUUUCUAGACAGUCUCGGCACAUUUGGAGCUACUUUAGAAUUUGUGGUCCGCGACUGUGACCCGAACACAGGAAUUCCUGAUCAAGGCGAAGGAUAUGCGGAUUCAUAUCCUUUAGAGGAGUUUGAAAUGUGGUGUUCUGAUCAAAUCCGGGCGAGAGCUGGAUCAGAUGACUGGGAACAGACUUGGGAUCGGGCGGCAAAUGCUCCUGAAGCGAGUGAUACUUUUGUGCUUUCCCAAAAUGAUAUUAAUGAGGCUGCUAGAGCUGUUUGUGAACAUCUUGGUUUACCUAAAGCCGCCGUUGUAGGUGACGCAGUGAAGGACAUAAGGGGAGGUGGAAUUUUCAGGGGCGGAGCACCCGUGCUUGUUAGGGCUCGUCUAGCGGCUGCUAGUGGCGGAGUCACCAUGAAGUUAGCAGCCAGAUCCCCUAGGGAAGAUGUGGCACAACUGCUUUUGGCAGCAGUCGGUUAAAAAAUACUUAAUUUUUCCUCUCUGAUUGAUGUAUUAUUAUUGUAGAUUUUUAUGACUUACUUAUUAGUUUUUAAGGCAUUUCCGAUAUUUAUAAUAAGCGUAAGCAAAGAAACUUAUCAAUAUUUUCAUUUAUAAAAUGUAUACCUUGGAAUUCAGUUUUAGAAAAGUAAUAAUACCCUAUGUAAAUUUUUGAGAUUCAUAAAAGUAUGUUACUAGCUUCCACCCGCGGUUUCACCCUCCUCCCGAGUAAACACUACCAUAUAUAAAAAGGUAGCUUAUGUCUAUAAUAUCUAUGUACCUUUCAUUAUAAAAAGUUUCAGAAGUUUUAGUGCAAAAGCGUGACAGACAGUUAAUUCUGCAUUUAUUAUAAUAGUAGAAAAGGUUUUCAAACCAUACAUUCCUUUGAUAUCAUUGUAACAAACAAGUGGUCAGAAUUCGUAGAAAUUAUUAUAAAAUAAUGUACAGAAGCCAGCACAUUAAGCUUCUCCAAUCUAUAGGUACUAAUUAUAAUUAGAUUCAUUAAUUAGAUUCUAUUGAAAAGAUUUGAAAAACUCAUUCACAGUUGGAAAGCUACACUGUUCCCGAGUAACAUAGGCUAUAUUUUAUCCCGGUAUGGGUAGUAGUUCCCACGGGACGCGGGUGAAAAUUUUCCCAAUCAACAUUGAACUUUAAGCUUUAGAAAUAAAGUUAAAAGUCUAUUGAAGACAUUUGACAGACAGUAGCUUUGUUCAAAAUGUUCUAUUGUAUCAUACAUAAUGCAUAUAAUGGCCUACAUUUAAAAUUUCAAGUGAACAAUAUCUUGUCAAAAUCAUUAAUAUAUUUUAGUUAAUACCUAGUAUAGUUUUGAUAUUUUGUAUUAAUCUCUAUUCUUUAUUUAAAUAAACAUAUUAUGUAGUCAA